AUGGAGAGACAUCCUCAAGCAUUUCUGUUAUGUGCGUUGAUCUUCAUCAGUUUUUUUGCCCUUUUACAUCAUGUUGAAGCUCAGGACCAGAAAGGAUUCAUCAGUUUGGAUUGCGGGUUGUCGCCUAACGAGCUGCCUUACAACGAGCCUUCCACCGGAUUAACAUACUCAACGGACGAUGGUUUUGUGCAAACCGGCAAAACCGGAAAAAUCAAAAAGGAGUUUGAGGCCAUCUUCAGUAAACCGUCUUUGACGCUUAGGUAUUUCCCGGAUGGAGUCCGAAAUUGCUAUACCGUGAAUGUCACGCAAGGAACAAACUAUCUGAUCAAAGCCGUAUUUGUUUACGGUAACUACGAUGACCUUGACAACUUCCCGAGUUUCGACCUUUACCUUGGUCCGAAUCUCUGGUCAACGGUAGAUAUGAAUGGACGAACCAAUGGUACUAUCGAGGAGAUCAUCCACAAGACCAUAUCUAAGUCUCUCCAGGUCUGUCUCGUUAAGACAGGAACAAGUAAUCCUAUGAUUAAUAGCUUAGAGCUACGACCACUUAAAAACAAUACUUACAAUACUCAGAGCGGCUCGCUCAAGUACUACUUCCGAUAUUAUUUCAGCACUUCAGGCCGAACCAUACGGUACUUUUUACUUAAUCAAGUUCUACUUUUGGUUUCC